AUGAUGGAAGAAGUUCAUGAACUUGACAAAAUGAACAAUGGACGUGAUCAUAUACCAGUUGUACAGCUGAAGAAAACUAUUGGACUUGCAAGCAGUAUAACAAUCAUAGUUGGUUCUAUGAUUGGGUCUGGAAUAUUCGUUAGUCCAACUGGAAUUAUGGAAAAUGUUCGUAGUAUUGGAGCAAGUCUUAUUAUAUGGGUUGCUUGUGGACUUUUCAGUAUGUUGGGAGCGUACUGUUAUGCUGAACUAGGAACCAUGAUUCAUCGAUCUGGAGGAGAUUAUAUAUACGUUUAUGAGGCUUUUGGCCCAUUUCUUGGUUUUCUUCGAUUAUGGUCAGAAGUGGUUGUUGCCAGACCUGCAUCUGUUGCAAUAAUGUCCAUGACAUUUGCAAAAUAUAUUGCACAACCAAUUUUUCCUGAUUGUGAUCAACCUGAAGGUGCAAUACGUCUUUUGGCGGCAGUGUGUAUUAUUUUAUUAAGUUUUAUCAAUGCCUUCUCUGUACGAAUGUCUACAUUUGUUCAAGAUAUAUUUACUUAUGCAAAAGUAGCUGCUUUAAUUAUGAUUAUUAUUACUGGAUUUGUACAAAUUGGUUUUGGCAAAGUCGAUGGACUUGUUGGCGCAUUUGAUAAUUCUGACUGGAGUCCAGGUGCAAUAACUAAAGCAUUUUAUGUUGGAUUAUUUGCAUAUUCUGGUUGGAAUUAUUUAAAUUGUAUGAUUGAAGAAAUGAAUAAUCCCCGCCGUGAUUUACCAUUGGCUAUAAUUAUUUCUUGUCUUCUCGUAACAUUCAUAUACACCAUGGCUAAUGUAGCCUAUGUGACAGUAGUCUCACCUUAUGAAAUACUUACUACACCAGCUGUAGCCAUUACAUUUUCUUUAAGAAUUUAUGGUGUAAUGUGGUGGAUUAUGCCUAUAUUUGUAGCAUUAUCUACAUUUGGUGGUGUUAAUGGUACAGUAAUGACAACAUCACGUAUGUUUUUUGUAGCAAGUCAAGUAAAUCAAAUGCCUAAAUUAUUAUGCUUUUUACAUAUGGAUAGAAUGACACCAAUUUCAGCUGUUGUAUUUACAGCGGGGUUUACUACUACUACUACUACUACUACUACUACUACUACUACUACUACUACUACUACUACUACUACUACUACUACUACUACUACUACUACUACUACUACUACUACUACUACUACUACUACUACUACUACUACUACUACUACUACUACUACUACUACUACUACUACUACUACUACUACUACUACUACUACUACUACUACUACUACUACUACUACUACUACUACUACUACUACUACUACUACUACUACUACUACUACUACUACUACUACUACUACUACUACUACUACUACUACUACUACUACUACUACUACUACUACUACUACUACUACUACUACUACUACUACUACUACUACUACUACUACUACUACUACUACUACUACUACUACUACUACUACUACUACUACUACUACUACUACUACUACUACUACUACUACUACUACUACUACUACUACUACUACUACUACUACUACUACUACUACUACUACUACUACUACUACUACUACUACUACUACUACUACUACUACUACUACUACUACUACUACUACUACUACUACUACUACUACUACUACUACUACUACUACUACUACUACUACUACUACUACUACUACUACUACUACUACUACUACUACUACUACUACUACUACUACUACUACUACUACUACUACUACUACUACUACUACUACUACUACUACUACUACUACUACUACUACUACUACUACUACUACUACUACUACUACUACUACUACUACUACUACUACUACUACUACUACUACUACUACUACUACUACUACUACUACUACUACUACUACUACUACUACUACUACUACUACUACUACUACUACUACUACUACUACUACUACUACUACUACUACUACUACUACUACUACUACUACUACUACUACUACUACUACUACUACUACUACUACUACUACUACUACUACUACUACUACUACUACUACUACUACUACUACUACUACUACUACUACUACUACUACUACUACUACUACUACUACUACUACUACUACUACUACUACUACUACUACUACUACUACUACUACUACUACUACUACUACUACUACUACUACUACUACUACUACUACUACUACUACUACUACUACUACUACUACUACUACUACUACUACUACUACUACUACUACUACUACUACUACUACUACUACUACUACUACUACUACUACUACUACUACUACUACUACUACUACUACUACUACUACUACUACUACUACUACUACUACUACUACUACUACUACUACUACUACUACUACUACUACUACUACUACUACUACUACUACUACUACUACUACUACUACUACUACUACUACUACUACUACUACUACUACUACUACUACUACUACUACUACUACUACUACUACUACUACUACUACUACUACUACUACUACUACUACUACUACUACUACUACUACUACUACUACUACUACUACUACUACUACUACUACUACUACUACUACUACUACUACUACUACUACUACUACUACUACUACUACUACUACUACUACUACUACUACUACUACUACUACUACUACUACUACUACUACUACUACUACUACUACUACUACUACUACUACUACUACUACUACUACUACUACUACUACUACUACUACUACUACUACUACUACUACUACUACUACUACUACUACUACUACUACUACUACUACUACUACUACUACUACUACUACUACUACUACUACUACUACUACUACUACUACUACUACUACUACUACUACUACUACUACUACUACUACUACUACUACUACUACUACUACUACUACUACUACUACUACUACUACUACUACUACUACUACUACUACUACUACUACUACUACUACUACUACUACUACUACUACUACUACUACUACUACUACUACUACUACUACUACUACUACUACUACUACUACUACUACUACUACUACUACUACUACUACUACUCUCAAACUAGAAAGAAAUGAUCAUUCAGAACUCAUUUAUUGUCAAUACUUCUUUUAUUGGUAUAAGUUAAUAAUAAUAAAUCUCUUUAUUGUUUAUCGAAACUAUUGUAUAACAUCAUUAUGUUAUCUACUUGUUGGUGAUAUUUAUUCAUUAAUAACCUAUCUUGGAUUUGUCCAAUGGCUUGCAAUUGGUUCAUGUGUAUUCAUUGUAAUUGUAUUUCGAAUAACUAGACGACAUCAUCCACGUCCUGUGAAAGCACCAAUUUUAUUUGCAAUCAUUUAUGUUCUCAUCACUUUAUUCUUAGUGAUAUUUGCAUUUGUUGCUGCACCAACUGAAUCAUGUAAGAAAAAAAAAAUCAAUCAAUAA